CUGAUCCAGAUCACCGCAGCUGCAGGGAUGAGCCGCUGGGGUGCGGGAAUCUUUGGGAAUGCCAGUAAAUCCGAAAGAAGUGGGCCACACAGAAGGAGGCAGAUGAUGCUGAUGUGGAUUAUCCUCUCCAGCUCACUGUGCCUGAUGGUUGACGCCCAGAUGAAGAUUUCACCAGAAAUUGUGCAGCAGUGGGCCAUGUCUUUUGGAAAAGAGUUAGUAUCUCUGUCCACCAGAUUCUCUGGAGCUAAACUUUUACAGAAGAAAUUCAAAGAUAUUGAAGGUGUGGUGAAAAUGGAGGAGGUGGAUGGUGAGGAGUUGGUGAAGAAGUUUGCUGAGGAAAUGGAGGAGAUGCUCGGGAGGAAGAUGAAAUCUGUGAAGAAGUUAGCAGAAGCAGCAGAGGACGCUGAUUUACACCACGAGUACAAUGAAACACUCGAGUUUGACUACUUUAACUCCCUGUUGAUCAACUCAGUGGAUGAAGACGAUAACCCAAUCCCGCUCGGUGGAGAAUUUCCUUUAGAAAGAAAUGAACAUUUCAACAAACUGCCGGUCAACACACAGCUGAGCAACAUACAAGUUCCUACGAAUGUUUACAAUCGAGAUCCAGAUAUUCUGAAUGGAGUCUACAUGUCUGAAGCUCUGAAUGAUAUUUUCAUUGACAACUUCCGUAAAGAUCCAACGCUUACGUGGCAGUACUUUGGCAGUGCUACUGGCUUCUUUAGGCUGUACCCAGGAAUCCAGUGGAUUCCCGAUGAAAAUGGUGUGGUCACCUUUGACUGCAGAAACAGAAACUGGUACAUCCAAGCGGCCACUUCUCCUAAAGACGUGAUAAUUGUGGUGGAUGUCAGUGGCAGUAUGAAGGGACUCAGACUGACCAUAGCCAAGCAUACAAUUAAUACCAUACUGGACACACUGGGAGAAAAUGACUUUGUCAACAUUAUAGCUUACAGUGACUAUGUUCGCUAUGUGGAGCCCUGCUUCAAGGGCAUUCUGGUGCAAGCUGAUCUGGAUAACAGAGAGCAUUUCAAGCUUUUGGUGGAAAAUCUUCAUGUAAAAGGAGAAGGCAAAGUGAAAAAUGCAAUGAAGGAAUCCUUUAAGAUCCUAAAUGAGGCUGCCGCACUGGGGCAGGGUAGCCUGUGUAACCAGGCCAUCAUGCUGAUCACAGACGGUGCCAUGGAAGACUUCCAGGAUGUUUUUGAGGAGUUUAAUUGGCCAGACCGGCGGGUCAGAGUUUUCACCUAUCUGAUUGGUCGUGAAAUGACAUUUGCUGAGAAUGUGAAGUGGAUUGCCUGCAACAACAAGGGUUACUACACACAUGUAUCCACACUGGCUGAUGUCCAGGAAAACGUAAUGGAAUACCUCCAUGUUCUCAGCCGCCCAAUGGUCAUCAACCAUGACCAUGACAUAAUAUGGACCGAGGCCUAUAUGGACAGUGUGCUGUUCAACACGCAGGCACAAAGUCUGCUGCUGAUGACUUCUGUAGCCAUGCCUGUGUUCAGCAAGAAGGAAGAAACUUUAUCACAUGGGAUUUUACUGGGAGUAGUAGGAACUGAUGUGGCCUUGAGAGAACUAAUGAGAUUGGCACCAAGAUACAAGCUGGGUAUCCAAGGAUAUGCCUUCCUAAUCACCAAUAAUGGGUAUAUCCUGUCUCAUCCUGAACUCCGACCUCUGUAUAAAGAUGGGAAAAAACUGAAGCCCAAACCCAACUACAACAGUGUUGAUCUGUCAGAGGUUGAAUGGGAAGAUACUGAGGAAAAACUGAGGACAGCCAUGGUCAAAGGCGAAACUGGAACACUGUCUUUAGAUGUGAGAACAUCAGUGGACAAAGGAAGAAGAGUGAUGUUCUUAAAGAAUGAUUACUUCUACACUGUCAUUAAUGAAACACCAUUCAGUCUGGGAAUAGUGUUGAGUAGAGGAUAUGGAGAGUAUAUCUUCAUAGGAAAUGUUUCUGUUGAAGAGGGUCUUCAUGACCUAUUGACUCCAGAUCUGACCAUUGCAAAUGAGUGGACCUACUGCGAGACAGACAUUGACCCUGCACAUCGCAAACUGACCCAGCUGCAGGCUAUGGUUCAAUUCCUGACCGGCAAAGAACCAGAUCUGGAAUGUGACGCCCAGUUGUUGCAACAAACUCUGUUUGAUGCUGUUGUUACUGCUCCAAUGGAGGCUUACUGGACUGCACUUAUGCUCAACACAUCUGGUGUUGAUGAGGGGAUUGAAACAGCUUUCUUGGGGACCCGUUCAGGCUUGACGAGAUUCCAGAGGUAUACAGGGAUUGAGAAAAGAAUUGGCAAGUCUUUCCUGACCUCCACAGACAAAGAGAAUAUGUUCACUCUGGACCAUUUCCCUGUGUGGUACCGCAGAGCAGCUGAGAACCCAGCUGGACAGUUUCUGUACUACAUGCCCAGACAGGAGACCAGAGGUAGAGGACAAGCUCUUACUUAG